UGACACCCAUCAACACAGCCGUUCUCAUUUUCAAGAGUGUAAGAUAGAGAGCAAGUAAAGAUGCAGAUCUUUGUGAAAACCCUAACUGGCAAGACCAUUACCCUUGAGGUUGAGAGCAGUGAUACCAUCGAUAAUGUCAAGGCCAAAAUUCAAGACAAGGAAGGGAUUCCACCGGACCAGCAAAGGUUGAUUUUUGCUGGAAAGCAGCUGGAAGAUGGCAGAACUUUGGCUGAUUACAAUAUUCAAAAAGAAUCAACACUUCAUUUAGUGUUGAGGCUUAGAGGAGGAAUUAUCGAGCCUUCUUUGAUGGCCUUGGCGCGCAAAUACAAUCAAGAGAAGAUGAUUUGCCGCAAGUGCUAUGCUCGUCUGCAUCCCAGGGCUGUCAACUGUAGGAAGAAGAAGUGCGGUCAUAGCAAUCAGUUGAGGCCCAAGAAGAAGAUCAAGUAAAGGAUCAUUACUGCAUUUGUGCCUCGGAUGAAUUCGAGAGUGAGAUUUUGGACUUGUUUUUGUCAUUGUUGUGGAAUCUGGAUUUACUAAGACAACCUGUGAUUAAUCUACAUGAAUAUUAUUAAGAUUUUGCUGUCUUUAUUUUGAUAUUUACAAUAUAUUCUGUUUUCUGAUU